AUGGGCCCCUAUACCGCCUCCUCAUGCUGCUGCCAGGCUCGUAAUCUGUCAUGCGCCCCUGUACCGCCUCCUCAUGCUGCUGCCAGGUCCAGAGUGUGUCAUGGGCCCCCGUACCGACUCCAAAUGCUGCUGCCAGGCCCGUAAUCUGUCAUGGGCCCCUGUACCGCCUCCCCAUGCUGCUGCCAGGUCCAGAUUGUGUCAUGGGUCCCUGUACGGCCUCCCAUUGCUGCUGCCAGGCCUGUAAUCUGCCAUGGGCCCCCGUACCGACUCCUCAUGCUGCUGCCAGGCCCGUAAUCUGCCAUGGGCCCCUGUACCGCCUCCUCAUGCUGCUGCCAGGUCCAGAGUGUGUCAUGGGUCCCUGUACGGCCUCCCAUUGCUGCUGUCUCUAUCGCCACACUCUGCCAUGUGCCACUUUCAGGUCUCCUCACACUGCUGGUGGUUUCCAUUUUUGUCAUAGGGUGCUG